AUGCCAGCAGAAGCAGCGGCUGCUGUGCUAGAUCAGAAGGCUGACGCUGUCUCGCCGGUGAGCUGGGAUGUAUCCUGCAAGCACAAGCACAAGCACAGCACAAGCACGAAGCAGCUCUGGAGGCAGGGCCUUUGGGAGGGACAAGAUCUCAAGGUCCGGGACCGAAGCGUGGGGAAGGCCAAAGGGCAGCUGCAGCACGACGAGCGUGUCCUGGGGGUCGAAUGA